GGGGAGGUUUCAGCUCGAGGCUCAGCCAUGGAGGGGGACUGCCUCAGCUGUAUGAAGUACCUCAUGUUCAUCUUCAACUUCUUCAUCUUUCUGGGUGGCUCCUUCCUGCUGGGUGUCGGCGUCUGGGUGCUGCUGGACCCGAUGGGCUUCAGGGAGAUCGUGGCGGCCAACCCCCUCCUGUUCACCGGGGUCUACGUCAUCCUGGCCAUGGGCGGCAUGCUGUUCCUGCUGGGCUUCCUGGGCUGCUGCGGAGCCAUCAGGGAGAACAAAUGUCUGCUGCUCUUUUUCUUCAUGCUCAUCCUCUUCAUCUUCCUGGCUGAACUGGCUGCUGCCAUCCUGGCUUUCCUCUUCAGGGAACAUUUAACCAGAGAGUAUUUCAGCAGGGAGCUGAAGCGUCACUACCAAGGUCACAACAACACCGACGUCUUCACAUCCACGUGGAACGCCAUCAUGACCACGUUCGACUGCUGUGGCGUGAGCGGCCCCGAGGACUUCGAGGAGAGCCUCUUCAGGCUCCUCAGCCCCAAUAAGUUGGUUCCUGAGGCCUGUUGCCAGAGGAACAGUUACCUUGGAGACGUCAGUGUGGAGCAGUGUGUGAGCGGCAGCGUGGCCUUCAGACACAACAAGGGCUGUUACUCGGCGAUGGUCGACUACUUUGAGACGUACAUUUACACAGCCGGCGCUCUGGCCAUCGUGGUGCUGACAAUCGAACUCUUCGCCAUGGUGUUCGCCAUGUGUUUAUUCAGAGGCAUCCAGUAAACGCCGCGUCCACGUGCAUCGCCGCCAGCCGUCAGA